CUAAGCAGUGGGUGGAAGCUCUCUGAGGUUUUCUGGUGUCAGCCCAAGAGGCUUUUCAGUGGUGGGUGCAGGUGACGUCUGGGGACACAGCACAGGAAGAGAACCCUUCUCUGACGCAGCAUCUGAGCUUGGCUGGCGGGAGCAAGUGAGGAAUCCAGAGACAUGGCUGUGCCUGCCAGGCAGCAGAACCAGCACUGCAUUUAUCCCCAGGUCUUCUGGACAAGCAGCAGUGGAGUUUCUAACUCUGAGUGUGCCCCUUCAGGACUGUGUCCCAUCAGGUUUGCGCCCCAUCGGGACAUUCGCCCUGCUCUGCCUGUGCCAGAGACCGAAAGGAAGAAGCAGAACCAAAAAGAUGGCACAUGCCUCUGUUUCCUGGUGGCUUCUCUGCUGGCCCUUCUGGCCCUCACUGGGGUUGGGCUUGCAAUGUUUCAGAUCUUCCACCUGCAGCAGGAACUAGAUGCUCUGAGAGAGCUUUCCUGCUCCGGGCAGGUGCCUCAAUCUCCUGAGAUGCUCAAAGGAUUUCUGAAUGGAACAGCGGAAAAGAAAGUCAAGAGGAGAGCACACUUGACAGGCAAAGCAAACCAACGAUCGCUCCCACUGGAAUGGGAAAGUACGUAUGGACACGCCUUCAUUUCUGGUGUUCAGUAUGAAAACAGGGGCUUGGUGAUCGAUGAAGCUGGCCUCUACUUCGUGUACUCCAAAGUGUUCUUCCGGGGUGGGGCCUGCACCCCCCAGCCUCUUGACCAUGUGGUUUUCAAAAGAAACCCAUCUUAUCCUGAUAUCCAGGUGCUGAUGGAGGACCGAAAGAUGAGCUACUGCGUGGCCAGGCACAUGUGGGGCAGAAGCAGCUAUUUGGGUGCUUUGUUCAACCUUUCCAGGCAGGACAGCCUGUAUGUGAGUGUCUCAGAAGUUACACUGGUGAAUCCUGAGGAGUCAAAAACCUUCUUUGGCUUAUAUAUGCUUUAGGGGUGGGUGGAAGACUAGCAUUCAUCGUAUAGGCUAUGUGAAAAUUCUGAGCAACAUGAAAAUUAUCUGGGACAGCUUAUGGACUACAAACGCUGCUUCUCUAGGAAGCCAAUUGGACUCCAUGACUUCACUUUUUACACUGAGAUGUUCAAAGAAGGCCUGAAGUGGAUCUCCACAGAUUUAAACUGAGGGUCGACUUUUCCUGCUGGAUUCCUUCAGAGACAAACAACCUUGAACCGCACAUGACUUGUUUUGCCAAAGGGUGCCAGGAAAUCCUCCAUUUGGGCAAAGCAGGGAUUUUGCGGCAUAAAAACCUGUCCCUAUUGACCAAAUGUAACAGCCCAAUUUGGAUCCAUAUUUGAAGAGAUGUUCUUUGGUUGUGUGGCAGCUGAGGUGUGAAGGGAGCAGA